UCAUUCCGUCGCUUCUUCCUUCGAAUCUUCAACGAAAUCGUCGCCACCGACAUGAAACAAUGGACCAACGAUCUUCCAAUCGAGAAGGUCAAUCAUCGUCUGGGAGGAUUCCUCGAAUGGCUUGACGACUUCUCAGAUGACGUCAGAGCUACAGACUUUGGAACACACAUCCAAUCGAUUCUCCAUUUGGCACAUCACUGUUGGUUUCGGUUGAGAACGAUAGAAGUGGCUGAAUUGGAUGGGACGACUCCUGAAGCGAUUUCGGUCGCUAGUAAGAAGUUUGUCGAGUUCAUUGCUGGUCAUAUGGAUAAGAUUGUCAGAUGGAUGGAGCCCAAUCCCUUCAACUACUCGUCGCGUUUCGAACAAUUCCUCGAAGUGAUCUUCACGUUCCCAGACCUCGCCAAAGAACACCGUCAGACCAUCGAACUGUUUCUCGAGCAAAUCUUCGACUUAUUCCUCCGCGAAGACUGUAUUCAGGGACUCAUCAAUCACCCCGACUACAAAGUACAAACCACAGAGAAAUAUGGAAACUCCUCGCUGAACACACUGAACGAGUACUAUUUGAAAGAUCCAGUGCAUGGAAAGCUGUUUCGAAUUCAAACGAUUUUGGAGCUAAUCUGUAGUUAUGGAACCGAGAAUGUGCAUCUGUAUUGUUUGGCGCGGAUUCAGGAGGCGGUGAGAACGAUUCCAGCGAAAAUUCUGGAGAAUUCGGGCAUUUUAAGUGGGGACACGAUUAUUGUGGAGAACUCUCAAAAACGAAUCAUUCCGGAUGUGACGAUUCUCACGGAAUUCAUUGGUUUCUUCAAUUGUCUCUAUCAACAAUUGUGCAUUGAACCGCCCGUCGAGCCGACAGAGGAUACAGUAAUCCGCGCGUUUUUACUUCAGGAUUCGGAUAUUCGAGCACGAAAUGAUAGUGUAAAAAAGAAUGGACAUGCCGAGAAGGGACAUCACAAAAAUGAGCUGGAUUUCAAUUUUUGCACUUUUAAGAGCACUGGAAAUAAAUUCGUAACCCAACACUGGUACAACUGCUACACUUGCAAGAUGAUCGAAUCGACAGGCGUCUGUAGUACAUGUGCAAUCAAUUGCCAUCGUGGACACGAGUUGGCGUACUCAAAGAAGGGAGCAUUCUUCUGUGAUUGUGGUUCGAAUGGAUGUGAAUCAAUGAUAAUACAAGUGGAACAUGUUCCACAUCCAAUCAACGCGCUGAGAGGACAAAUACCCGAUGGAAUGGUUCAGAAGGCGUCGCCAAAGAAUCCGAAUAUCUUUCCGUAUAAAUUUGGAUUUUUCAAACCAGAAUUCUCGAAAUUCUCGAAUUCUGGAUUUGAAACUGUCAAAAAUGCGGUGAGGCUGGUUCAAGAGGAAUUCGAAAAGGCGCAUGAAUCGAUUGAGAAGAUUCUGGAAGCAAUCGAUAAGGGGAAUCAGAAGGCGUUGAGAGUCACCGAGAAACGAGAAAAGAUAGUGAAAUCGAUGAGAAAUAUGGAGAGAGUCGAGUUGGAGGAGAACGAGGAAUUCAUGGAGGCGUUGGAUUCGGCCGGUCACUUCCUCCCAAUCCGUCGUUCCGAUAUCCGCAUCCACGACACCCACAACUCCAGCGCCCUCCCCCGCCAACGAGAGCUCGCCGACGUCAUCAAACUGGACAACGGCACCGAACUGCUCGUAAUGAUUCCAGACUCGAUUCAAACGUCUCUCCACCUCCACUACAUGGACACCCGAACCCAUCUACUCCAGGGAAUGCAUUUUUUGAGAACAGAAACCGAACAGAUUCCAUUCAACGCAGUCUCUCUACACGUGUCUGGCAAUAGGGUUGUUGUCUGUGGUGUCUAUGAGAUCUACGCUCUCCGCUUCUCACCGCAAGGAACUGUUAUCGAUAGAGCGCACAUUAAACUGCUGGAGAAUGGAAAUUCGUCAUCGAUGCAGAACAAUCCAGUCAGGAAGGCAAUGUUUUGUGAGGAGACCAGAGGGGAUAAGAAGAAGAGACAGUUGAUAGCAGGUAAUUUUUUUCGA